AUAUUUAGGAAUAAUAGUCAAUGACAAGAGGAACUGUUUUCAAAUGCAAAAGGAAGAAAUGUUCAGGAAAGCGAGAAGGCUAGCAAAUAUGACAUACAAUGUAAUUGAAAAGAGCUGUUCAAGAAUGUUAAUAGGAAAGACAUAUUGGAAAAAUGUUGCACUGCCAUCCAUCCUGUACGGGGUAAAUAUAAUAAACAUCACAAAGACAGACAUAAAAAAGUUGCAGAGGAUAGAGAAUGGGGUGUACAGGAAGAUUUUGAGGGCACCAAUGUAUGCACAGGAAGCAGCACUCAGGGGGGAGAUAGGAAGCUCCAGUGUUAAAAACAGGAUAAGGGAGGGACAGUGGAAGUACUUAAGGUAUGUUCUUGUGGAAGGAAACGAUUUGGUGAGAAGGGUGGGAGAGGAGAUGAUAGAGAAGAGACAAAGUAGGUGGGUGAAAGAUUUGUUGAAUGAACUAAGAGCAACAGAGGGACUGAGUGUGAGUGUGAGGAAUGAGACAAAGGAGAGUAUAAAGCAGAGAAUGAGAGAGGUGGAUACAAGAGAGUGGAAGAGGCAAAUGAAUGAGAAAGCAAGCCUUAAGAUAUAUAGAAAAUGGAGACAGGAGUUGGGAGGACAAGAGGAGGUAUACACCAACAACCAAGCCUCAGAAGUGCUAUUCAGAUGCAGGACAAACAACAUGCAACUAAAAGACAGAAACAGACACCGACAAGAGGAAACCAAGUGUGACAUGUGUGAAGCUGAAAACGAAGACCUGCGACACUUCCUGCUCUGGUGCCCGGCCUAUGCAGAGGAAAGAGCAAAGUGCGUGAGGCUGCAACAGCCUUACGAGGAAGAAGAGGACGACACCAUUGGAAUUUUUUUAUUUGAAAAUGAACACACCGAACAAACGAAAACAACAGUACACAAGUUUUGGACAAUAAGAGAAAAAAGAAUGAAAGAAAAAGGAAAAUAAUAGACCCAGACAGUAGACACAUCAGGGAGUGCCGUUACAAAGGCAAAACUCCCGACCGACUACUACUACUACUAGCAGUGGUGUCGUUUUUCCGUGCGAAAUAACUCGUUGAAAGAUACCUCAUCACACACCAGAAAAACUUAUUGAUUUGCCUUAUUUUGAUGUUAUUUGUCCACCUGUGAUCUUUAUAAGGGUUAAUAUUGCCUGUAAGGUAAUAAUACACCAGACACACGGACCAUAGAUGCAAGAAAUGAGGGAAAAUAACGUCUGCUAUAAUUCUGUCAAUAAUCAACCCUAUUCCUUUGUUAUUUAGCCUUCCAGUGAUAACAAAUGUUUCUCUGAUGUUUGUGCCGUGUAUUGAAAAUGAAAUAGGGUCAUAGAACGAUAGAAGUGAGUGAAAUAUGGAAAAAAAGGAAAGUUAAACGUUUGAGAGUUAUUUCGCGGAAGUUGGCGAAGUUAUUCCCUUAUGAUAACGUGACUGGCCUUCCUCCCUCGCGGUGAAUUCGCUCCGGAUAGACACCAUUAAGAGUCAUGUCUAUUUUAUGUGAUUUCCGUGGGAUUUAUCCGCUGUAAAGACACGCCAUGCAGAUCAAAGAGAAGUACACCCGAUGGCCGGCCGGACCCUAUCUCUCCUUCGGGGGCCAAGUUGUGAUUUGCUUGGCAGGAGCCGUGGUGCGGAACACUGGAGGCUGAGUGUGACGCUCCUUGUUGGCCGCUAUGAUGAUGAUGUGGUUUGGCUACUACCAGCUGAGAGGCCACAGCAUGCUUUCCUGAAGACCGGCCAGCAACCCGGACUCUAGAGCAGUGGUUUGCAUUGAGACAAAAGGAGGAAGAGGAAGAAGAAGAAGAGGAAGAGGAGGAUGACUUUGAAGACCAGCAGACAGACAGAAAGACAUUGAGAUAAGAGGAGGAAGAGGAAGAAGAAGAAGAGGAAGAGGAGGAUGACUUUGAAGACCAGCAGACAGACAGAAAGACAUUGAAUUGAAUGGCUGGCGUCUCGGUCUGCCUGCCUGUGGGACACCGCACACUCUGGAACAAGAAAGAACACCAAGAUGUCAAGUUCCUGCAGAAUCAGCCUCUUAGUGAAGGAAAUGUGCUCUAUUUAUUUAAUAAAUGAUUGACAAAAAAAAAA